GCGCAGCAGGCGGUCUCGCGAGCGGCGACAGGUGAGCGACACGGCGGGCGGGGAUGGCGGAGCAGUGGGAUCUGGACGAGGAGGGCAUCCGCCGCCUGGGGGCGCUGACCCUGCAGCAGCCGGAACUGGUGGAGUCUCUUUCAUUGCAAGGAUCCUAUGCUGGAAAAAUUCAUUCCAUUGGUGAUGCCUUCAGAAAUUUUAAAAACCUCCGAUCCUUAGAUUUAUCAAGAAAUUUGAUAACUAGCUUGAAGGGGAUCCAGUAUUUAUGUUCACUCCAAGACCUGAAUUUAUAUUAUAACAACAUUCCUUCAUUAGUGGAGGUGUCCCGCCUACAACCUUUACCCUUCCUCAAAGAACUAGAUUUGAGACUUAAUCCUGUUGUCAGGAAAGAUACAGACUAUAGACUUUUUGCUGUGUACACGCUACAAACUCUGGAGAAACUGGAUGACCGAACUGUACGUGAAAGUGAGAGAAAAGCUGCCAAGCUACAUUUCAGUCAGUUGGGCAACAGUGAAAACUUUCUUUUAGAGAUGGAGAAAAGCUCUAGAGAGAAGACAAUGAAAAACUGUGUGACUGAUGAAAGCUCGAUAACAAAAGUCAAUGUUGAUGUUGACAAUAGGAUUGAAUCUGACUCAAACAAAGGGCUUUUUAUUCCCUUCCCCAACCGGGAAAUAAAGGAUUCCCUAACAAGUAUUUCUGCAACCCAGGGCAACAGUAUAUCAGAGCAGAAAUUAGACACUUUCCCAUCUGGGGCACAGAUACAGGAAGUGGCAAGAAGGGAGAUACCAAGUGAGAACCCCCAGGAAGAUGAAUUCAGACGCUACUCACCUCAUCAGUCCAAAGUCCGAUCCCCAGAAAAGAUGACUAGAGAAGGAUAUCGAAUCUCUUUUUUGGACAGUAAAUCUUCAGGUUCUUCUCCAGAAAAGGACUUGGUACAAAAACCCGACCCAUAUCAACUUAUGCAUGACCCCGCAUUGGGUAAACGCCUGGAUGUGGGUGAUUCUAGCCAGAUUCAUCCCUAUCAGUUACCUGCAGAUACAAGUCUGGAAAAUUAUGAUAGUCAUUAUUCUCAAACUCUAUCCAUGCAUGGAAGUCUGGGUAAAAAACCUCAAAGAAACAAGAACUACCGAGAAUACUGCAUGAAGCCUUCAAGUGACAUGAAGGCCACUGUAUCCCAUUCCUGUGGAGACUUAAUGACUUCUCUCUCAAACCCUGACUCCAGCACUGGAAGGCUUAUGAAGCUUAGUUCAGAUCUAUAUGCCACAACCCAUUUCAACAGUGACCCUGCUCUGUUGACCAAUGAGGAUCAACAAGGGUCCACAACCCUCAAUGAUUUAACACCAGCACCAGUUCAUGGCUCUUUCUCAAAUAACUCAAUAAUGGGAGAUUCUCUGAGGACACUGUUGUUACCUUCUGGGACUUCAGAAAACAGAGAGAAUUUAACCAAGCGGUCAUUAAGCCCAUCAAAGAGAGGAUUCAAAAGGAAGGACAAUAUCCUUGUCACCCUGACUCCAAAGCAUGGUUUCAGAGAUGUUGCUGGCAAUGAGCCUCUCUCUAGUGACUUGGGCAGUUUGCAUGGUGUGUCAGGAAACCACAGUCCCCCGGUCUCUGCCAGAACCUCCCAUGUGGCCACUGUCCUCAGACAGCUACUGGAGCUUGUAGACAAGCACUGGAAUGGCUCCGGCUCCCUCCUCCUCAAUAAGAAGUUUCUUGGUCCUGCCCGAGAUUUGCUUCUGACUUUGGUGGUCCCUGCUCCUUCUCAGCAGUGGUUUCGAUCACAUCCUGAAGAUACAUCUAAAGCCUUCCGAAGGAGAGAGAGAGAACUGAAGGAGGCUGGACAACUAGUCCCUAAUGAUAUGGAAAGUCUGAAGCAAAAACUGGUCAGAGUACUGGAAGAAAAUCUCAUUUUGUCAGAAAAAAUCCAGCAGUUAGAAGAAGGUACUACAACCUCAGGUGUGAGUGGGCAUCAGUCCCACAAUUUUGAUGAGCUUCUGCACAAAAACCAACAACUGAGCGUGCAGGUGGCUUGCCUGAAGCAGGAGCUUGCUCAUCUCAGAAAGCUGGAGGAGACAGUCUCCCUGCUCCAAGAAAGUCAAAGAUCCCUGGUGGUAACUAAUGAAUAUCUACUGCAGCAGCUUAAUAAAGAGCAAAAAGAUUAUUCUGGGAAAGCACUCCUGCCUCCUGAGAAGAGCCAUCAUUUGGGGAGAUCGUCACCCUUUGGGAAAAGCACGUUGUCUUCCUCACCAGUGGCACAUGACACGGGUCAGUAUUUAAUACAGAGUAUCUCAGACUCUGUCCCAGAUCCUAGUUCAUGGAGCUAGCACUGAAUACCUCUGCAUCUUCUCUCUCAGUCCCAGGCAUCUCUCAGUGUGCUUGACACAAGUACAGUGGUAUCUAUCACCUGAUUAAGAAAAAAAAAUUAUUCCAACUACA